AUGAUAGACCACGUUCUCGGGCGACCGUCUGUCAAGUCUCGGAGACUGCAGGUAUUGGCCGUCUUGGGCUUUUGGUCAGCCUACCUCUUCAAAGGUGACAAACAUGGCCCGCCCGGUUUCCGCAUCUUCUCCCGCCUACUCUCUCGACGUCUAACGACAUGGCAAACCGUCAUCUUAACCAUGAUCUACCUGUACGCGGCCCGCAACUUCAGCACCCUCGUCGGGCUCGCUAGCCCUGAGCCCAUGGCCAACAUGUACGACGCCACCUACUUCCGGGCCACAUGGGUUUUGACCGCGCUGGACGCCGGCUUCUGGACUGCCAUGAAGAUCAAGCAAAAGUGGCUGCGCGACAUCUCCAGCAUUGCUUUCUCCGUCUUCUACCUCUUCGCCGCCGAAAAGGCCGACGAGAAAGUCCGCAAGGUUCGCGGUAACCUCACAAUCGAGCACCUCCGCGUUAGCUGGAACAAGGGCGUCACGUCGCCGUAUCUCCGUUUCAUGCAGGAUCUGGUGCGACCGCGAUUUACAAGGUGGCCGCCUAGGCAGAUUAGGAUCCCCAGGCCGGCGACGAGCGAUUAUAAGGAUCCGGUUGCGGCUUGGUUGUACUAUGAUGGUCCGCUGGCGGAUCUGGAGCAUCAUAACAAGAUCAUUCUGGAUAUUCCCGGCGGCGGCUUUGUGGCGAUGGAUCCGAGGUGUAACGACGAUAAGUUGUUUUCUUGGGCUGCCAAAACGGGAUUGCCCAUCUUGAGUCUGGAUUACAAGAAGGCGCCCGAGUUCCCUUAUCCGUAUGCGCUUAACGAGUGUUACGAUGUUUACAGCACCAUCAUCAAGACCAGAGGACGCUGCAUCGGCUUGUCUGGACGAGAGGUGCCCAAGAUUGUGGUCACGGGUGAUAGUGCGGGAGGAACGCUGGCGACUUCUAUGACGCUGAUGAUCGUUGAGAGCGGCUCGUCACCUGUUCGUCGCUUCCAGGGAGAGGUCGAUCUCAAGGUUCCCGAUGGUCUAAUCCUCUUUUAUCCAGCGCUGGAUAUGAACAUUGGCAGCUGGAUGUCAGACGAGCAGAUGACCUUGAUCAAGGACCGACGGAUGCGAGGUACGAACAAGGGAAUCGUCCGGCGCAAAACAUCGCAGUACAACGACCUAGUCGGCACCCCUGCCCCCUCAGACGACGAAGACGAUGGUCCAUCAUCAUCUGGGUCCAACCCCGAGCCGAGUCCGGUAAAGGAGAAGGAAGCAUCGGCAGCGGCUCGCUCAGCACCCGAAUAUGCCCACUCCAGUCCUUCCACUUGGUCCCACAAUGACACUCCUCCCUCCGCCUCCCCCACUGCUUCCAAGUCCGAAGAGUUCAAAACCACCGAAAAGCAAAAGGCUAAAUCCUCCGCCGUCACCACCACCACACCCACACCCACACCCACACCCACCGCGCCGCACAACCACCACCCCCAACCCCUCCGCACCCGCCUCGCCAUGUCAUCCAUGAUCUCCUACUUCGCCGACCGCGUGCUCACCCCCGAGAUGAUGCGCGCAAUGAUCAUCCUCUACUUCCCAAAAACCUAUUUCCUGACGGGCGAGCGCGACCCGCUCGUCGACGACACGGUCAUCUUCGCCGGCCGGUUGAAGCGGGUGAAAGCCGCGAUGGUCGCUUCGGACGGCCAGAGGACGCAGUACAGGGAGGAAGACAUCGACGAGGCGCUCAGAAAGACAAAUGGCAAGUGGGACGAGAAGCAGGCGGCUGAGGUGAAUCUGGUGCCGGGGAUUAGUCAUGGGUUUUUGCAGUUCCCUGGUGUUUACCCCCCGGCGUGGGGAUUGUUUGGGAAGAUUGCGGGAUGGAUGGGGGACGUGUUUGCUGAGGUUGAACGGAAGGAGAGGGAGGAGGAGAGGGUGAGGAGGAAGAUGGCUACUAUGGGUGUGAAGCACGAGGAAGGGGAUGGAGCGGGAGUGGCUGGGAAGGGUGGGAAAGGAGGACAUGGAAAGGGUGUUGGCUUCGGAGGUGUCAAAGAGCACGACGCGGAAGAACGAACGGGGCGACGCCAACAUCAACGCCGGGGAUCGGGAAGUAGUGCUGAGGAGGGCGAGGAUCGACCGCUGGAAAUGGGCAAGGUCCGGACAAGAGGGAGACCGGCGUUGAAGAAGAGUGAGGGAAGCACCGCAACAGCUAAUGCUUCCAUGGAAGGCCUCGUAGACAAAGAUGCAGACCACCAUUUCCAUCUCGUCGAGGGCCAAGGACUUGAAGACGAAGAAGCCGGUAGUGAUACAGCGACCGAGGCGGCCAUUGCGGGGACUGCUGCGACGGCGAAUACAAAGGUCAAAGCAAAGAAGCCGCCGAGGAGGAUGAAGUCGAGGAGAGUCAAGACGGACGAUGAGGAUGAGGCGUUGUUGGUCAGGUUGGAUAGCUCGGAUGAUAUUUUGAGCAGGAGGAUGCAGGGUUUGGCCGGGGGGUUGACGGGGUUGCCGGAGGCCGAGUGA